CCCCAGAGUGCACUGCGGGGAAGAGCGCGUGCGCGCGGCUCCACUGCCGAGCGACCGCGGGAAAAUUCCAAAAAAGUCAAACAAAACAAAAAACCAGUACGGGGCAAAGCCAAACUUGCAAGCCACAGAACCCGGGCGGAGGCGUCCUUUCUGCCACUGCCCAAACUGCUGAAGCAGCUCUGGCUGGCGCAGACCACCCGAUUUGAUGUGUGCCCACUGUUUCCUUCAGUGCUUGGCGGGCUGCUGUGAAGAUACAUCACCUUUUCCCUUUUUCCAAGAUGGCUCAAGAUUCAGUAGGCUUUUCUUCUGAUUACCAAUUUUGGAUGCAGAAACUUUCAUUGUGGGACCAGGCCUUCACUUUGGAAACCCAGAAAGACACCUGCCUUCAUCUGCCUCGAUUUCAGGAAUUCCUGAGGCAGAUGUAUGAAGUCUUGAAAGAGAUGGAUUCAAAUAUGAUCAUUGAAAGAUUUCCCACAAUAGGUCAACUGUUGGCAAAAACUUGUUGGAAUCCUUUUAUUUUAGCAUUUGACGAAAGCCAAAAAAUUCUACUAUGGUGCUUAUGUUGUCUGAUUAAUAAAGAACCACAGAAUUCUGAAGAACUGAAACUGAACUCCUGGACACGGGGCUUGCUAUCUCAUGUACUGUCAGCGUUCAAAUUUGAUACAAAAGAAGUUGAUCUUUUUAUUCAAGGUCUUGGAUAUGCACCUGCAGAUUACUAUCCUGGUUUGCUUAAAAAUAUGGUUUUAUCGUUAGUGUCUGAACUCCGAGAGAAUCAUCUUAAUGGAUUUAACACUCAAAGGCGAAUGGCUCCUGAAAAGAUAAGGUUCCUGUCGCAAGUUUGUGUACCACUUGUAACUCUGCCAGAUAUCCAACCACUGGUGGAGGCUCUGCUCACCUACCAUGGACAUGAACCUCAGGAAGUGCUCUGGCCUGAAUUCUUUGAUGCUGUGAAUGAGGCCUUCUUACUGAAGAAGAUUUCUCUCCCCACAUCAGCUGUCAUCUGCCUCUGGCUUCGGCACCUUCCCAGCCUUGAAAAAGCAACACUGCAUCUUUUUGAAAAGCUAAUCUCCAGUGAGAGAAAUUUCCUGAGAAGGAUCGAAUGCUUUUUGAAAGAUUCAUUGCUGCCUGAAGCAGCCUGCUACCCUGCCAUAUUCAGAAUUGUUGAUGAAAUGUUCAGGUAUGCACUCCUGGAAACCGAUGGAGCCCCAGAAGUACUAGCCGCUAUUCAAGUGUUUACAUGGUGCUUUGUGGAAGCUCUGGAAAAACAAAACAAGCAGCUGAAGUUUACACUCAAGACCUACUUUCCUUAUGCUUCUCCAUCUCUUGUUAUGGUGCUGCUUCAACACCCAAAAGAUAUCCCACAAAAACUGUGGCACCAGCCACUGAAACAUAUUUCUGAAAUGCUCAGAGAAAUAGUUGAAGACCAGACUCAUGGGUCCUACGGAGGCCCCUUUGAGUGCUGGUUUUUGUUCAUUCACUUUGGAGGAUGGGCUGACAUCGCGGCUGAGCAGUUAGUGAUGUCAGAAGCUGAACCCCCGGAAGCCCUGCUGUGGCUCUUGGCCUUCAGCCACAGUCCACGUGACAGGAGUCAGCAGCGAGCACAGACCAUGGUAGAGGUAAAGGCAGUGCUCAGCCACCUCAAGAAGCUGCUCAGAAGUCCAACUCUCUCAGCCAGGGAUCUACAGGCAGCAGCUGCAGAGAGCCAAGACAGAGACCCCAGACCACCUUCAUGUCAACAGCUGAUCAGGCACCUCCUCCUGAACUUCCUGCUCUGGGCUCCUGGAGGCCAUGCGAUUGCUCGAGAAGUCAUCACCCUUAUGGCUCCAACCGAUGAGCUAAGCCACGAGAUUGCUGGCUUUCUUGACCAGACCUUGUACAGAUGGGAUCGCCUCUGCCUGGAAGCACCUAGGUCAAGAAAACUGGCCCGAGAGCUCCUGGCUGAGCUGCACGCUCACAUCCAGCAUCGGCCAGCUGCACAUGGAGCUGCCGUGCAUGCAGCAGGCUCCCCGAGAUCUCGUGACGAAACAAUGAGACUGAUUCGUCGUGGAACGAGUAGUGAGGAUGAGCCAUAGACAUCUUGGUGAGAGCUGCUAGAACACAUUUUAUGAAGUCAGAAGACAAAUUCCUUAGCCCAAACUCAGUCUGGCUUAUUAGUUCAUGACUAGAUUGUGCCUUGAGCAUUCCCUACCUGCUCAGCCCAGCUGCCAGAGAAUCACUGAAGACAAGCCUUGAAUAGGAGAACACUUUCAUUUCCCUUUUUCCUUAUAUCAAAUGAAGAUACACAACUAUUACUUGAGUGGUUCAAAGUCUUUGGACCGAGAAAUUGGUCAUGAACCACUGAUCAGUUUAGAAGUAACUUAGUCCUUUUCCACAGAUCUCUUUUUUCAGAAAUCAGGCUACUGUUAUUGGUGUUUCUUUUAAUCCACAGGGCUUUGAGAUAAAGCCACACUCUUGCUUCCCUAAGAAAUUCUUCACUAAGGAGUCUCUCGGGCACCUCCGAGGGGAAGCAGAGGCCAUCAGGCCCAGUAGCAAGUGGUAGUGACUGGGGCCACUGCUGUGGUGGGCAGUCAAGCCAGCUCGGCUGUGGAGAACGGCACUGCUUAGCAAUGAAAUAAAGCCGGUUCCAAUGCUAACUCUUUUUGCUUUCUGUUUGCUAAACACUCCCACCAAGGGAGCUCACAUUGCCUCAGAGAGGACUGAUGUGAGAAUAUAGGAUAUGUUCUGGAAGAAGACAUUAUAUUUCAGUUGUCUAAUUAACUGAGGUGGGAAUUAGAAAUUCCUAAUAAAGAAUAGGUAACCCCAGGGGCGCCUGGGUGGCUCAGUUGGUUGAGCAUCUGACUUCAGCUCGGGUCAUGAUCUCACGGUUUGUGGGUUUGAGCCCCACGUUGGGCUCUGUGCUGACAGCUUGGAGCCUGGAGCCUGCUUCUGAUUCUGUGACUCCCUCUCUCUCUGCCCCUCCCCUGCACAUGCUCUGUCUUUCUCUGUCUCUC